AUGUCUGCCUCGAUGCCCGGCAACGACGAUGCAAGUAGCUCGGCAGCAGGCGCAGGCCUCGCCUCUGGCCAGACAACGACCCCGACCGUCACGCCGCCGCAACCCGAGUCCCGCAAGGCUCCUCCCCCUGAGAAGCCGUCCGACGUGCGCCGCCGGUCCUUCGUCAUCCUUGCCUUCUGGGCCAUUGUGCUAUUCCUGGGCUUGCCAAUAUGGUGGAUGACCACGAGCAUCUAUCGCGCAAACCUGCCAUUGAAUGGCAUGGAACAAUGGGCAGAUGGAAAGGCUUGCCGUCCGGUCUUCCCCCUUCGUAUCUCGGUGCAGGCCAACAAGCUCCAAGAGCAAGAGGCGCAGAACCUUCUCCGUCUCACUCAGCACGCACUCGACGACCUCAACGAUUUCUCGGGCCAUCACUUGCGUCUCCAGCUUGCGCCUCAAGAUGAUCCCACGUCCAUUGCCGAAGACGAUUCGCAAGUUGCCCUGACGAUUCGGCUUAGUCCUGGAGAGUCCACGACAGCGUCUCUGAACCCCCAUUUCCCGGUCCUCGACAUCACCUAUCCACCAAACUCGAUUCCCUCGCCGACGUCGUCCUCUUCCGCGUUGGCUUCAUAUAUUGCCAACGAGCUACGUUCUACUUAUGCCGAGGAACAGGCCAUCAUUUCAUACCUUCUCUCAGCUGCGUCAGGUGCCACUGAUGCGAGACCUCAGGGCAUGUCGCCCGAGGCGGCUGAGUCGCUGGCCAAGCGGACCACUCGGUCCCUGCGAUACUCUCCGACGUACCAUUUGAGCUUCUCGCUCUUCACCAGCGGCUCCGCGCCCAACACAUGGGACGUCGACGCAGCCAUCCAGGCGUACAUGAAGCCCAUGCUUGACCUACUUAGCCCCAUCCACAAUUUCACAAUUGACACGCAGGUGCAGCUGUAUGCUACACCCGGCGCGCAGUCUCAAGUCCUGACCAAGGACGAUCUGGCGUCCUUCAUCAAUGCGGCCGAAUGGCCUCUCUCUCCGUCCAUUGGCGGCGCCCCGACGGUGAACUUUCUUCUCUUUGUGGGAAACCAAACGAUUGGACUGGACUCGGGAUCGGAGACAUCCCAGUCUUGGCUGAUCCCGCAGUGGGGAACGGUCUACCUUCUGUCGCUACCGCCGGCGACGUCACACGUACCGUCUGCUACACUCAAGCAGCCGAUGCUUACUUUCGCCGGUCAUCUGCUGUCCCUUCUCGGAACUCCCCAGUCCGGGUCUCUUCCCUUGCGAUUGUCGACCCUGUCACGAAUUCGCUCAGCGGACCUCUUGCUACGGGCAUCGUCUACUCUGGGCUCUCUGGCGAGACUGUCACUGGCGCUGCCCUCCAUCUCCAUUCCCCGCAAUGUCGCGGACGGUGUCGCCAAAACCAUGCAUCACCUGGAGCUCGCUUGUGCAAGCCUAGGCGGACCGGAGGGCCUAGAACAUGCCAGGAUUGCCGAGGCGGAGGCAGAGCGAGCCUUUUUCGAGAAAAGCAUGGUCGGCCAACUAUACUUUCCUGACGAGCACAAGGUAGCUGUGUAUCUUCCGCUGCUGGGACCAGUGGGUGUGCCUCUUGUCAUGGGCCUGUUGAAUGAGAUUAAGGCAUGGAGGAAGCGUAGACGUGAGAGAGCCGAGGCCGAGGCAAAGAAGAAGCUUUAG